CUGACUGACACAUCAUGGUAUGGUGCGUGCAAAGAAAGACCAACCGGCCAACGAAAGACACACAGGAAGAAUGACAUCCAUACAUACAUACGUCUUAGCAGCACACAAUCACAACACAACGACACACCACACACUUUGUCAUAGAGAGAAAACUCCCCUCUCACACAGACGCACCCAUCACUGUCGUCUCAUCACCGACCGACCGACCAGCUAAGCUAGGUAGAGAUCUCCAGCCCCAAUCGCAGGCUGAUGGCGUGUCCCGGGUGCUGCGCAUGCACAUGGGGCGCAGUCGUCCUCAAGUCACAUAUCUCCUCAGGCACACACACGUAAAACGAUGAUGACGAGCCAGACAACACAUCCACAGAGGGGGGCGAGGGCGAGGGACGGGGAGGGGGAGCGGCGGUUGUGUCUCGUGCGCACAGCGGGAGAGGGCCUCUGCAAACACACAAAUCAGAGAGAGACACAGAUGGGAUGGUCGGUGGGUUGUCGGCACUCACUUGACGAUGCCGCCGAGGAAGAGAUUGAGCCGCCAGGAUCGCUAGCCAGGCGGCAAGGCCGCACGAACCGGUGCGGUCACCCCCAGUGCGCAGAAGCCACUGGGGGACGCCCGCAGCCCGUUGGGAAAGAACAACUGCACACACACACACAUGACACAAACAAAUAUUCACAAUCAAGAAGACGACACUCACACACACACACACACACACCUCCUGCACACCCACAUGUGUACCAGUCUGAGCCCCGGCAGCCCCGCGAGGUCGAAAUCGGGGCUGGCCAGCACCUCGCCCUCGGGGAACUCCCGUAGGCACUGGAUGAUGUCCGUUAUCAGCCACUCAAACACAUGCGGCCCCCGCAACACAGACCGAAUCGGCGGUGGGUGUGUGGACGUCCGGACAACCGACUCCUUGCGAUAGUGUCUCCCUUUUGCGUCGGUGGUCCCGGUGUCUCCUCCUCCUCCUGCUGCUGCUGCUGCUGCUGAUGCUCUGAAGGUGUAGGCGGACGACUGGGGGCUUGGGCUCUCUGUGAGGGGGCUGUGGGGGGGUUUGAGGGAGGUGAGGACGUCCUCCUGCCGGCUGCUGAUGGCGGCCAAACGAUCCUGCAGACGGUCGCAUGGAUGGAUGGAUGGAUGAAGGGUUUGUGUGUGUGUGUUGAAAGUUUUUGUGACAUUACUGACCUCCGUCUUUGCCAUUCGCCUGUCGAUUGCCUCCUGCAUGUCGCGACUUCUCUCCCGCUCCCUCUUAGCCUCCGUCUCGGUGACAGCCAUCCGCCGCUCAACGCGCUCCCACAUCUCGCCGAGCAGCCCCUCGAGCCUCUCAGCCACAGCCGAUGGAUCGCUGCCAGGACGUGCCUCGCCCUCCGACCGCAGCUGCAUCCGUGAACGAGCCUGAGGCUCUGUCUGUGUCAGGUCUGGCCGGGAAGCUUUGCCGGCCUCUUGUGUUGGCGGCGAUGGUGGUCUGUCCCACAGCAGGCUGCCGAUACGGCUUGUCCUAUACUCGUGGGAGAUCCUGCGGUGUCUCCUGGGGGCACCGGUGGGCAAGGGAGCCAUGUCAUGGUCUGACUCUGAUAGGGAUGGCGGCGGCGAAGAGGCCUCGCGCUCAUCGUCGAGAGGGGGGGGAGGGAUCUCCAGCGAUAAUGUCACCAAACCUGCCAGGUCAGACCAGACCAGACAUCGACCAGAGGAGAGGAGUGCAUGUGUGGGUUGGUUUGCCAUCACACAGGACAUUGCAUUGGUCACCUUUGGUCUUUGAGGCCUUCUUGGCGGCCCUCGUGGCUGAUGUGUGUGAGUGGAGAGGGAACGACUGGUUGGCAAGCGACUCGCACGCAAAGCGGGGGGUGCUGCCUGCAGACAGGACAGCGGAUGAGAGAGCGCAUCUUAGUGGCCUAACUCAGAAGCUGACCGACUGACCAAGUCGGACAUUCGGCCCUGCGAGCCAGACCUCCACCCACAAGCCACGGAUGUCAUCAAACACCGGCCAACAUAUCUACGCAACCAACACACAGCACACAACACCAUACAUUCACAUGUCAUGAGGAUUGUCCGCCACCGACCGUUUCAUCGACGUCGAUGUGUGCUACGGCAAAGGUCUCAUCGAGGUGCGGCACGAGGUACGUCUGUGUGGCCGCCAAAGUCUGGCUCCUCCGGGGCUUGCCCACACGGGUCAAGGAGCUCGCCUCCUUGGCCCAUUUGAUCAGCCCGUAGACUUCUCUCGGUGCUGCAGACGUGUCGGCCGCUGUGGGAGCCGCAGGUACCGACGUGACAGCCGAAAACAGGGCCAUGCUUGAGGAGCGAGGAAAAGAGGACAAGACAUCAAUCAACGGAACGGUGGCAAAGGCUCGUCGCUUGCUCUCUUACUUGAGCGUCAAGCUCUCCACAUGGAGGACGGCCUGCGGCAGCUGCAAGGGCGUCCGAACAGUCGCCCGCUCAGCACCUGCACAUACACACAUACGCAGGAUGGCACUUGCCUGUGUCACUGAGUCACGUCUGUCGUUUGGGUUUUCCGCACCCACCAGCAGCAGCAUAGACAGACGGUCUCGCGGACGAGUGGACAGCCGAAUGGACGAGCCUCUGAGACCGACGCCGAGGAGAUGGCGUCUCCUCUAUUUCCCGCUGGAAGACCCGCCUUCUCAAGAGAGCCUCCGAGUCCCCCCCGUCUGUCUGCCGCAGCAGCUGCUGGAUGAGCUUCCCCCCCCCCCUGCGUCUCGAGCUGGUUUUGUGUGGCCUCGACAGCCGUCUCCAGGGAGCCAUCAUUCGCACGCCGCCUCUCCAAGUGCGAGAGCUUGGUCUCGAUGCCCGUCCCGCCCUCCUCGAGACGCGUGACCCUUCUCCCCAGCUGAUAAGCCUCGGUCAUCAUCUGGGCUGAUGUGGUCUCCAUGUCAGAGAGUUUGGCGGCGAUUUCCCGGAUGGACGAAUCCACACUGUCGUGGGCGGCGAGGCGCUUGUCCAGCUCUGAGACCUGCUGCAUGAGGGGGGCCAGCUGUGUGAUGACGUCGGUGGUCUCGGCGGGUAUUGGUUGCUGGGCGAGGGCGGCGUCAAGUCGAUCCAGACGCUCAACGAGCCUGCUGAAAGCACUCAUGGACCGUGCUUGCAGGCCUACAAAAGCAAAAAAGGAGCAAGUGGUUCAAAAGCCCAAGGGGUCGGCUUCUCUCUGUAAGUGCGGUGCGUACCUUCCAGGUCCUGUUUGGUCUUGCCUCCGUCUUGCUUGAGUGCUUCCAGUUGUCCCUGCAUCCCGCCUAUAGAAUUCCGCUGCCGCACCAUCUCCUCAGCCACACUCUUGAACUGAUCCUCAACAUACCCAGCCAAGCCACCCUCAUCACUCGCGGCAGCGGCGGCCGUCCUCGCAACAUUCCGCAGCACCGUCUCCUCUCUCUUUUCCUCCACACCUAUAGCUUUCUCCGAGUCCUUCUCUCUUUGAACUUCCCCCCUCCUCGGCCGCACGCCCACACCGACAGCUCGUGAAGGCACCUCCACUGGCUCUCGUGCAGGCGUGUCUUCCCUUGCUUCUCCCUUGGCCGCUUCUUUCCUGUCCCGCUUUGGCGGCGGUCCUCUUGGUGGGGGAGGGGAGGGCAGCUGCAUGGUGAACAACGGCUCACGGACGAAAGGGGCUGAGUGGGGGAAGGGCAGCUCGCUGUCGUCGGCGGCUGGGCACGUGUCGCUCAUCGUGCUGCCGCGCUGAUGAUCCACCAUGGUGACAGGAGGAUGGCAACUUGAGGGCGGCAGGGAAUGGGAAGAUGACGCUCGCGAACCGACGCGCGCCAUCGGGGCAUUUUCAUCAUCACCAUCACCAUGAUGAUCCGAUUCGCUGUUCCCGCCAUCAGACUCUGAUGCGGAAGCGUAUGCUGAGCCCUGGGCGGCCUCAGGUCCAUGGAGGGAAGGGGAAAGAGAGAGAGAAGAGAGGCCGGCGUCGUCUUCGCCCUCACUGACAGGCUGUGGCUGCCCCGCGCGUCUGUCAUGAUCAGGCAAUGAAGAAGACGAGUGGGGCGGCGACUGAUCCGCAUCGCGUCCAUCUUUCUCCUCAUCCCCGCUGGGCUGCUUCUGCUCAGCCUCCCCCUGCUGCAGCAGUCGGGACCACUUCGGCGGAGAGGCCUUGCGGGCAGUCCUCCGCCUCAGGAACCGGAAGCUGAACGCCUUCCCCCGCCUCUCCCCCAUAUUCUCGUCAUCUCGCAUCACAGUCUCGCCUUGGUUCUGCCUCAUCCCGGUAGAUGGCCCGAAACAUGGAACGUUGUGUUCUGCCGCUUGAGCAUGAGGAUGAGCAUUGGGCGGCGGGUCAGCGCUAGCAGAGUGGUUGUAGCUGUGGCUGGCGCGCCGCAGAACCUUGUACAGGUUAGAUGAAUGGCUCAUUUGGGGAGACGGUGGGGGCUGUCAGUCUCGCCCCCAGGUCACGACUCCUGGCCGCAGGGCUCUCGCCUCCCUCAGCUGUCGGGGAUCUUCGCCCGUUGGAGAUCUCGAUUCGCCCAUCAUCAUUAUGGUGCCUUAAGGCACAGCCGUGACGAUUCUGCUGCUGGCGACGCAGUCCAGGCCCUGUCCGGCGACACGCACCGAUAGAUAAGAUACGCAAGAAACCCACAGAAGUAGAAGAGGCAGACGUCAUGGGAUGGACGGAUGGAAGGGAGGGAAGGAGAGAGCUCGG